AUGACUAUUACUGGAAGCUGCAUGUGUGGUGGUGUAACCUAUGCUGUUGAAGCCGAUAACUAUCUCGCUGCGCUGUGCCAUUGCAUUGACUGCCAGAAGUGGACCGGUGGUGCCUUCACCUCCAACGCCGUCGUCCCCCGCAACAGCUUCAAAGUGACCAAGGGAACCCCAACCACCUACGACGUCGUCGGAGCCUCCGGCAAGAUCAACAAGCACUUCUUCUGCCCAACCUGCGGUUCCAGCUUGUACACCGAGCUGGAGGUGAUGCCGGACAACACCUGCAUCAAGGCAGGUACCCUGGACGGUGGCGAGGCGAAUCUGCGGGGUAAGGUCGAUAUUGAGUUCUACGUUAAGGACCGCCCGAGUUACCUUGCUGCUGUGGACGGUGCGAAGCAGGAGCAGGCUUUUGGUGCUUAA